UAACACCGUUAGCAUUUCAUGAGAUUUGAAACCCUUUGCAAAUUUUGAUUAUCAAGCCCAAUUUAAUAUAAUAAAUGCCUAACGAUUCCACGAUUCACAGUUAAUUCAUUUGUGCUUUGUGGCAUCUUGCACUAAAAGUUCUCAUGCAGUUUUUCCUCCUUUUAGUCUCAUUAUCCUCAAAAUUCCUUAAACUUUCUGAAUAUGUUAGGCUUUUAUCUUGGUUGGGAAAAAAUGAGAUUAUUGUUAAAAUUAAUUCUUUUUAUGAACCAUAGCAAAAUUAAUGUUUUCGUGUCUUCAGGGAAGUGUUUGAGGCAAAGAAAGACAUCAUUCAUAAAAUCUAUUCUCCAAUUAAAUGUACAUUGCAUAGUAUAAUACAGUGGAAUUAUUUGUGCGUUUCACCUCAUUUUCGUAAAUCUCCUCGACAUAAGCCCAUUUUCGGCGAUACGGGCUAUUCAUGUUUAAUAUACGCUAAUUAGCAAAAAAUUGCACGUGAAGUGACUAGCCGGAAAAUUUCGAGACUAUAUAGUUCAUUCUUCUCAUUGAAGGCACAUAUGCAUUUAUGUAUGUACAUUUUCUGCAGUUCAUUCAUUCGUACCGAACCUAGUAUAUAUAUGCAUGUUCAGGAUAAAUUGACGAAAAUAAGUGGGGAAAAUGUCCAAAAAAUACAAUACGUAGGUAAUUUUAUUUUUAUGAGACCAAUAGUAUGCAUGUAUCUAAGUAAAUUGCAGGUUAAUUCCCUUGCACGCAGGGAACAAUGUCUCACUUUUACCUGCUCAACAAUAAUCCCACAUUUUUUUUGCUUGGCUGGUUUUACCUGCACUGGUAAAUAUUUACAACAUAUAAUUUCAUACUAUGUUAUUAGGUUGCAUUCGUGAAAAUAAUGCUAGUUCAAGGCGAUCUGCUCUCCGAACAAGCGAAUGCUUUGUUUCCACAGUGUAUUUACUAAGAAUGAUUUCGGUUUUAACAAAUACGUAAAAUUAUUACACUUGUGUGUGAUUUUGCAUUGCGGUGAAGCAAAAUUUCUUUUCGAAUUUUGAAUGAACCAAAAAUAUGGCUGUUGUUCAAAUAAGAAACGGCUACAAGUCGUAUAACUCGGAGGGAUAUGUUCUCAGAAAUUUGAGCAUGGACGUACAUCGAGGAGAAAUUUAUGGAUUACUUGGAGCUAGUGGAUGCGGAAAAACUACGUUAAUUUCCUGUCUUGUCGGACUUCGUCAGUUUGACCGAGGUCAAUUUGCUGUGUUUGGUAGGCCAGGGGGAGAUGUGCUUGGGAAGUUGGGAGGAUACAUGCCACAAGAUAUUUCCCUCCAACUGUUUUUAACUAUUGAAGAAUCCCUUACAUACUAUGGGAUGAUUUACGGAUUGAAAAAUCAGGAAAUUGAAAAUAGGAUAAAAUUUCUUACAAAGUUUCUUGACCUGAAGUCGUCAAGGAUGAAUAUCGGUUGUUUAAGACGAAAAUUGAGCUAUCACAAUACAUCGAAAUUGUACAUUUACUAUGGCAGGCAAAACACUAUAAUCGCUAAUUUGUAUUGCUAUCCUAUAUGCAUUUUGUAUAGGCCAGAAAGUAGCAUACUUUAUAAUACUUAUGCAUGCACAAAUCUCUAAAACACAUCAUUAGGUAUGUAAAUAAGUAUUAUAAAUGAGUAAGAAUUAUAGGACUCGACAAAGACAUCCAACGAGUAUUUCAAAAGUGAAAUU